AUGAUCAAUGGGAUCAAGGACAAUUUUCUAGUGAGGUUCCACGAGAAGAGAGAGGGUGGAAAAUGUGCUAGAUGGGAGAUUGCACCAACCUAUGCAGAUAAGUUGGAGAUGAACAAGAAGUACGCAAGGGAUUGCAAUGCAUUGAUAGCUGGCCAAGGACUUUUCCAAGUCACUAGUGGAGACAAGACCUAUGCUGUUGACACAAACCUACAAAUAUGUGGGUGCAAGAAAUGGGACAUCACUGGAGUUCCUUGCCCCAUGCUCGUCCAGAUAGUACACAAGUACACAAGUUGUACAAAGCCAUUGAGGCCUGAUUUGCAAAUCAGGAGGAACAAGCACACGGAAAACAGGAGUGCACUUGAAUGGCAGCAUGGUGCAGGAUCAUCAGCUACUGGAAGUGCUAGAGGUGCAACCUCAUCAUCUACUGCAAACUCUUCUCCUGCUGCUGGAAGAGGUGCAAAGACUUCUGGUGCUGCUGGAAGGGGUGCAACCUCAUCUCCUGCUGCUGGAAGAGGUGCAAGGUCUUCUUCUGCUGCUGGAAGGGGUGCAACCUCAUCUCCUGCUAUUGGAAGAGGAGCAAGGUCUUCUGCUGCUGCUGGAAGGGGUGCAAGUUCUUCUCCUGUUGCUGGAAGAGGUGCAAGAUCUUCUACUACUGCUGGAAGGUGUGGAAGAAGGUUCAACCCUCCAAGAAGUUCUGCAGAAACUUCAAGUAGCCAGCCAGCAAAGAUAGGCCAAAGAGGACAAAAUACAUGA